AUGGCGGAAAGCCUUGAGCAAGCCCUUGCAAAAAUACGUCCUCACACUUCCUCGACUCUUCCUCACCAGAAAACACCGGCGACCCUCCUGCGCGCCCUUGAGGCUACUUUCCGCGAACAGAAGACCGAGCCGACCCCUACCGCAUAUUUUGCUGCACUUGUAACCACGCUUGAUGGUGCUUUGCAGGCAGCACCCACCUCAGGUCCUCCUCUAGGCGACGGCGACAUCCUGCCCGCAGUGCUCUAUCUCCUCGCCUUGAUUGCACCUCAUGUUCCCCAUCCUGUUGUGCAAUCACACCUGAAUACAGUGAUCAGUCUCACAUCACCGCUCUUUCCUGCCUUACUUCCUCAUGCUCCUCCGCUGAGGUCCCAACUCGGCCUUUAUAGCGCCAUACUCCAGUCUCUGGAGAAGCAACAGCUGGAUGCUCAGGGUCUCCGGCAGUCUUUCUCGUCCAUUCUUCAGCUCACCCUUGAUCCACGGCCAAAAGUUCGAAAGAAGGCUGCAGAGCUUGUCAGGGAUGUCUUGGCCAAACCACCUUUGCCCCUACUGCGGCAUCCUUACGCACCACGCGUUGCCGACUGGGUUAACGCUGCUCUUGUGGAGGUUAACGGAGACGGCAUGUACAAAUUCAAGGGCAAAAAGGCAGAUACCGAAGGAUCCGACACUGCCAUCCACCUAUUGGCUUUUUUGCGUCCGGUCCUGCCUUAUCUCCCACCCACAUCCCUUCCUUCAAUUGCGUCUUCCCUCCUUCUUUUUCCACGUCUUGGUAACCCAUACUUGUCACAAUCUGCAUAUUCCAUCCUCGCUGAGCUCCUCGCCGCCUCCGUGGACGAUCCCUCGAGUGACAUCCAGGCGCAGCUCCCCGAAGUCUUAAACGCUAUUUUGCAGACAUCACCGGGCAAGGCAGAUGUAACCCUAGCCCCAGCAUGGGCGAAUGUCCUCGGAAAUGCCAUGUUAGCUCUGCAUACCACCGACGCCGAGGCUUGUGCCGAAGAGCUCAACAAGGUCUGGAAGAUGCUCUGGCCGUACUUGGAAUCAACGGAGAGUUCUAUCAGAAAGACGACAGCGCAGUCGCUAGAGAUGCUCACUCAGUGCUUCACACCUGCUCUCAUCGCCUCUGCUAUCAAAGAGAAGGACAGGACCGAGCACAAAAGUGUGAUCGGUAAAAUAAUAUCGCAGAUCACGAAGGCCUUCGACUCGUUGGCCUUUGCUCGCUCCAUCCCAGAUCUGCUCUCUGUUGUAUCAUCCUUGAUAACCAACCUACGGCAUCGCAGCGGGCCCCGCACGUCGCCGACUGCUGCCGAGUCGCUCCUACUGUCUCUCGUUAUGAAAGUAGGUGAUCUACGGAUACAGAAGAGCUUCGAGUACAAGGAAGCGGCCGAUGCGGUGCUCAGUACCGCGAUGCGGGUGCUUGGCCCUGAGGUAGUGCUUCGCGCUCUGCCGCUCAAUCUGGAACCCGAUGAUCGUCAGGCCGGGCGCGAGCCUCGCGCUUUCCUAUUACCCCUGCUCGCUCAGCCGCACCCGUCGCCGCUUGGGCAUUUCGUCUCGUACUUCGUCCCUCUCACCGAGCGUAUGUUCGACCUUCAGCAGAAGGCCGACAUGGAAGGCCGACAGUCGGAGGCCAAAGUCUGGAGCGUGCUCAUGGAGCAGAUUUGGGCAGGGCUUCCGGGAUACUGCUGGGGCACGGUUGACCUAAAACAGGCUCUGAAUCCCGAGUUCUCGCAACUUAUUUCGCAGCUGCUGUACAACCAGACUGAGCUACGCCCUGCUGUGCUCCGCGCGCUGAAGGUAAUGGUGGACUCUAAUGUCGCUCUGGCCUCCGGCGAGACUGCCAAGCUGCCCGAGAUUGUGCGAGCUGGCGCAAUCACGGCUGAGGAAGCCGCUGGUAAUGUGGAGUUCCUGCGCUCACAAGCGGAGAGCUGGUUGGCGGUGCUAUUCAACGUGUUCAGCAGUGUGGGGCGGGAUAGUCAGGGGAUGGUGGGUGACGUUGUUAGCGCGUGGGCCGCUAUUGCUGGUGAACAGGAAAUCACGAAGGCUUAUGUCAAGCUCGUCGAGCUAUUCAAGCAGAAUCUCAGCAAGCUUUCUGCACAAAAAGCCUCGUAUGGCGCGAAGAAUGCUGAGAACAUCACUGCCGUCACGCAAGAUCUGCUUAUCCUCGUUCUCCCGCACCUGUCAUCUGUGGAUGCGACCGGGUUGUUCGACCUUUGUCUCUCUAGCGAGGUGUUGGAGAGCAAAGACAACGGCGUGCAGAAACGCGGGUACAAGAUUCUUGCGAAGCUGGUGGAGGGACAGAAAGCGACCGUCGAUGCUGAGGUCGUAUUGCAGCGUCUGGAGAAGAACGCCGACGGUCUAGCUGCUGCUGCGAAGAAGGACCGCUUCCACUUGCUCACUCGCCUUGUACCGCUGAUUCCUUCGACGCGCUUGCAUCUCCUGCUAUCAAUCAUACCAGAAGCUGUCCUUGGUACGAAAGAGCCAUCAGAAAAAGCCAGAAAUGUUGCGUUCGAUCUCAUUGUUACGAUGGGCAAAAAGAUGGCGGAGGGUGGCGUCGUCAAGCGUACUCUUGUCGAUGGGAUGGACCAAGACAACACGCCGGAGGCCACGGCUAGUGUGGAGGAAUACAUGACAAUGGUUGCUGGUGGACUUGCCGGCGCUACCCCUCAUAUGAUCAGUGCGACGGUGACCGCCAUCUCGCGAUUAUUGUUCGAAUUCAGGGAUUCCAUAUCGUCGCAGAUGCAGUCGGAUAUCUUCACUACCAUGCUCGUUUUUGUGUCCUCAGCGAAUCGUGAGAUCGUGAAGUCCGUCCUUGGUUUCAUCAAACUCGCAAUCCACACUAUGCAUGUCGACCUUCUACGUCCACACCUGAAGGAUCUCGUGCCGGCGCUCCUGAGAUGGUCUCAUGAUCACAAGAACCACUUCAAGGCCAAAGUACGACACAUCUUCGAGCGUAUGUUACGACGCUUCGGUUGGGAGGACGUGUAUUCCCACGGUGGUGAGGAAGAAGCGCGGAAGGUGCUUGUUAACAUCAAGAAACGCAAAGACAGGGCAAAAAGGAAGAAGGCUACGACUGCGGAGAAUGAAGAAGAGGAGGAGCCAGCCGCAAAGCCCGCGACCGGCGGUGAUGCCUUCGAGGACGUGCUGUACGGCAGCGAAAGCGAGCUUGACGACAGCGACGACGAGGUCGCUGCAGAUCGCAAUCCUCGCAAGGGUAAGGCCAAAGGCAACGAUGGUGGUGCUCGGCUACGACUUGACGACGACGAACCGAUGGAUCUUCUUCAGGGGGCUGCAUCGCGUGUUACGAACGCAAAUGCAGGCAAACGUCGGAAGCCUGGGCAGGAUGCGGCGCGGUUCAAAACAGAUGAAGACACAGGCAAGAUGGUUAUAGACAAGGAUGAUUCUGACGCGGAUGGUGGAGAAGCCGUUGCUGAUGAUGCCUACCGGGAAAGCAUCACAUCCGCUGAUGGUUUCAAGCGCGGACAGAACGGACGCAUCAAGUUCAACAAGGAUACUAAGAAGCGAAGACGAGAGAACGAGGCUGAUGAGGAUGUUGAAAUGGCGGACGCGGAUGCUAUAUCACCUGGGAAGAAGAGCAAACGGAAGAUAGAGCCGAAAUUGGGACACGAGUUUAGGGCGAAGGCUACAGGAGGCGAUAUCAAAAAGGGCGGCGUGGAGCCGUAUGCAUACCUGUCACUUGCUCAAGCUGCAAAACGACACGGGCGUGGUUCCAAAGUCGGUAUUGCCGGCAAACGCUGA